UCAGAUUCAGGACCUAAACAGAAAAUAUGAAGAUUUGUUAUCCAAAUAUUCCGAUAUGUCAUCAAAGUAUUCGGAAGUGUCAACAAAGUAUUCGGAAAUGACAACAAAGUAUUGCGAUAUAUCCAUGAAAUAUUCCAAUAUAUGUAAGGAGUAUUCAAGCAUGUCGAAAAAGUACUCAGAAGUUGUGACAAGGAUAGAUGAAUACGAUGUGAAAUUUAAUGUUACGUCUCCAAAAUCUCAGGCCAGUGGAGUGUUUGUUCGAUGGGGACGUAAGGACUGUCCUUCGGAUAACGAAACAGAACUGGUUUAUUCGGGAUUUGGUGGUGGAUCUUGGUACGACCAUAUUGGCGCUGCAGCUGAGUUUGUUUGUCUACCACGCGAUCCUAACCUGACUACAAAAUUUACAACCUCCAAUGCAUUCAUGUAUGGCGCAGAAUACGACUCCACUGACUUUGAUCAUCAGAAUGGGGACGACUUGCCUUGUGUGGUUUGUAGAAGGAAGACGCAAUCCAGCGUAUUGAUGAUUCCAGGAAAGAAUAGCUGCUACUCUGGGUGGACCGAGCAGUAUCGUGGAUACCUGGCAGCGGGAUACUAUGGAAGUAAAGCUGCCUCACAAUACAUCUGUUUGGAUGAACACCCUGAUGUUCUUACGGCAGGACAACGUAAUGACAACGGAAAAUUGAUUCAUCCGGUUAAAGCGGUAUGUGGGGCAUUGGCCUGCCCUCCGUACCACAAUAAUAUGUACCUAACAUGUGUCGUGUGCACAAAAUAAACACA